AAGCGACACGUGCAAAGACGUGGCGAUACGUGUCAUUCAGAAGUUAAAAGAAAAAUAAAAUGUUUGUUGCGGUUUCACAUCCUCCCAAAGUGUUUAUAAGUUUAUUACCCGUAGUGGCAGUUCAGAUUUGAUGAUGUAGUAAGCAACUUGCAAGUACAAUGACGAAUCUGUUGGCUUUGUGUCUUGUCUUCAGCACUUUAUUUGCGGCGGAAGUAUGGUCUCCGAGCCCAUCCGUGACCACUCAACAGACCGUGGUGUCGGAGGAAGACGUCAUCGUCAAAGAUGGCCAUCGCGUUGUGGUGGUUGAAUACGACCGCGACGGGAAAACCAAUACCAGAGUCUCGAUCUCGCCGCCGUCGGCAGAUGAGGGAGAACAAAAACAAGUAGUAGAGAAGGAAACUACGUUGUUUAGACACUCUAAAGAGAAAGCGAAAGAAACGGCGUCGUAUUUUCCAAACGUUGGUCAAGGCAUCUCGCAGCCGGUUGUGACGGAGGAGGCGCGUGAUCACCACGCGACGGCUGGGGAAGUCAUAUGCGACGCGUUCGGUAAGUGCAGGCAGAAGAUCUCGAGUGUUGUUGGCCGGGCUAAAGACCGAGCAUCUGAUACGGUAGAUGAUGUCGGAGAGAAGAUCUCUGAUGCCGGAGAUGCUGCGGCGGGUAAAGCUUACGACGUGAAGGAGACGGUUACACGUGUGGCACGUGACUUAGAGGAAACGGUUGCUGAUAAAGCCGGCUAUGCUAAGGAGAAGGUAGGAGAGACGGCACAUGAUGCGAAGGAGGGUAUGGCCCAUAAAGCUCAAGAUGUUAAAGAUAAAGUAACCAGAAAAGCCAAUAACGUGAAGGAGACCAUGGCCCAUAAACCCCAUGAGUCGAAGGAGAGGGUGAAAGAUGAAGUGAGAGAGAAGGCUCACGAACUCAAGGAGAAGGCGGCUCACAAGUCCCACAACGCGUGGGAGAGAGUUAAGUUUGCGGCGCGUGGAUUGGGGUCAGCGACUGCGAAGGCGCUGAGUCCUACUAAGGUAGCAAGCGUGGUGGGGCUGACUGCAAUUGCGGCUGCGUUUGGGACUAGCGUGUGGGUGACGUUUGUGUCGAGCUACGUGUUGGCCUCAGUGUUGGGGAGGCAGCAGUUCGGGGUUGUUCAGAGCAAGCUGUAUCCUGUCUACUUCAAGGCAACCUCUGUUGGAAUCUUGGUGGGUUUGCUUGGUCACGUGCUUAGCCGGCGGAGGAAGCUGCUCACUGACGCUACGGAGAUGUGGCAAGGCGUGAACCUUUUGUCCGCUUUCUUUAUGAUUGAGGCUAAUAAGUCAUUUGUCGAGCCACGUGCCACCAAGGCGAUGUUUGAGAGGAUGAAGGCGGAAAAAGAAGGAAGAGGAGGAGGAGAGAGAACGAGUGAGCAAGAAGUAAGGAGGAAACUGGAGAGGCUAAGCGAGAGGCUGAGCAAGCUCAACACAUACUCCUCUUGGUUAAACAUAAUGAUGCUCAUGUCUCUAACCUGGCACUUUGUUUAUCUCGGCCAGAGACUAGGCGCUGCUUGUUGAUGCAUAUGGCUUUGUUAAUUUGUCUCAAGUGUGUGUAUCUCCUGGUCCUACACCUAACUUUUGUCGUUGUGGUUGUUGUUUUCUGACGUACUUCUUACGGUGUCAUAGUUUUAUGUUGUGUUGUUUAAUGUCAUAUGUAGAUAUGUCUUGUUAUUAGGUCAUGCCUUGACUUUUGAGUUA